CUUCAGCGCACUGAGCGCAGAGACACAGGCUGCAUGCUUCAUGAAGCAUCAGGCUACAGACGUCGGGGAACUAGACACAUUGUGCAUCAAGGUGUGUCUCUUAUCACAUACCUUCAUGCUUCAAUAUGACAAUAUAGCCUGAAACAUUACGGGCGGAUGCGGAGGAAGCUCGGAUUUGACCAUUAGAUCUUCAAGCUUCAGGACUUUCUUCCAAUUUCAAUUUCGACUUUGCUGGCUGUACUACUAUGCAGAACCAAAGUCCACGUUUAUAUUGGAAGGUUUUUCUGAUGGCCGCCAGCAGACACAAAAACCCGUCCUAUAAAUCUCCCAAUUGAUCCCACUUUGAAUAGAACAGCAACGAUGAAAACAUCCCAUAUCCCUGUGCCCUCUCCAUUAAUUCUCUGGACAACCGUACGUUCAGUUGGCGCAUUCAAUGUUGCUUGUUCAUGUGUCGCAUUAUGGGCUUUUGCCAAAGUCCUAAGGGUCCUUCGCUGGCGAUUGAAGACAACUCAACUGCGCGGUCCGCCUCGCACCAACUUCAUAUAUGGUGUUUCGCAUGACCUCGCCUCAUCUCAAGAUCGUGGGGGAAUGUAUGAACGUUGGGCGAUGGAAUAUGGGGUAGCGUAUAUGAUUCCGAGCGUCCUCGGGCAGACUGUAGUCGUACUGUCCGACCCAAGAGCUAUAGCACAUUUCUUUACCCGAGACACAUGGACAUAUAUGCAGACUCCCCUUUCGUUGGCACUUCUCGAAACAUUAAUGGGUAGAGGGUUAUUAUGGUCUCAGGGUGAAGAUCACAGGAGGCAGCGGAAGGCCCUCACACCAGCAUUCAGCAAUGCGGCGAUUCGGAAACUCACAUCAGUGUUUUAUGAUUCAGCAUACAAGGCCAAAGGUGCAUGGGAUACUGCUAUAGAAUCGAGCAAAGAUGGCUACGCUGUCAUCGAGGUCCAGAACUGGAUGAAUCAUAUAUCUCUGGAUACGAUUGGCAUUGCUGGUUUCUCCCAUGAUUUUGGCUCGCUUGAUGGAAAGCGCGCCAGUGUGACCAAAGUGUUUGAUACUUUCGGAAACAACCAACAGGCCUCAACAGUGAACAAAGUUCUUCGCCUGCUCGCAUCACCAUUUCCUAUCAUCACCAAGAUGCCCACCAAGCGGAGCAAUCUGAUGAAGAAACUUAGCGAAACCAUGGAAGAAAUAUCUAACGAUUUAUUGGUUCGCAGCCGCCGAGAAAAGGACGUGAAUAUGAGCGAGAGAGACGAGGAGAAGUCCAUCAUCGGAUUGUUGAUUAAAUCCGAAGGCCAGGAUGCCGAGCUUCGUAUGUCGAAGGAGCAAGUAGUAGCUCAAAUGAAGGUUUUGCUUGUGGCAGGUUAUGAGACGACAUCCAUCAGUCUUACGUGGGCGCUGAUCGACCUAUCGCGACGUCCCGAUGUCCAAACCAGACUCAGAGAGGAACUGCUUGUGUUUGGCGCGGAUCCGACAUAUGACCAAUUAAAGGCCAAUCUCCCAUACUUGGAUGCCGUUGUCCAUGAAAUUCUACGACUCCAUCCUCCGCUAGAUGAGUUCAGUCGUCUUGCAGUGGCAGAUGAUGUUAUUCCCUUGAGCGAACCUGUGCGCACGGAGUCCGGGGAAAUGACGGACAGUAUAUGUAUAGCGAAAGGGACAUUGAUCACGAUAUCAGGCGCGGCGAUCAAUCGCUCUUCUGCCAUCUGGGGGCCUGACGCGAAGGAAUUUAAGCCUGAUCGUUGGCUGACUGAAGACGUGAUCGGGAAGGCCAAGGAAGUUCAAGGUCACAGGCAUCUUCUGACAUUUGCCGACGGCCCGAGGACGUGUCUUGGAAAAGAUUUUGCGCUGACUGAAUUCAAGACGGUUUUAUCGGUUCUGGUGAAGAACUUCGUGUUUGAGAUGCGGGAUGGACCUGAUACUCAAGUUGAAGUUGCGAGGGGAAUUUUUCCCCGUCCGCGGGUUGUUGGAGAGGAUGGUAUUGGAACGCCUUUGAGAGUUCGUCGGUAUGAAUGAUUGGUUACGCUGCACUAGCAAGUUUACUCUGUUUUCUAGUAUCACUUAUUCCUCACUGAAACUGUUGUGUUCAGAUCAGAAGAGGCACGUGCACUUGUAAUAUCAGCACUGUAUAGCUCUGUAUACGCGAUGAAUUUGAAGGCUGGUGACAAGCAGGUGAAAGGAAAUUAAAUAUUUUGUCCGCUCAUACCUGAAGUUCACCUAGCACUGUGACACAAAAAUGUACCAAGUUGUAAUGGAAAGUAUUUACUCAAGCUGUUUAAUCGUC